AUGAGAUAUAUUUAUAUAUAUAAGUCCAAAUGAUAGAAUAAGAGGCCCACAGAAAGAGGAAAAAAAGAGAGAGAGAGAGAGAGAGAGAGAUGCAAUUCCUUUAUAUGAAGACAAAGGAAGGAAUUGUUAGGAAGACAGUUAGUUUAGGAGGUUCCUCAACCAUAGGGAUAGUCACCAGUAAGCAAAGACAAAUCUUGAGCCAUUGGAUUUGUGGGUCACUUCACUUCCUGCACGUGCUCCUUGCUUUCUUCUUAUUUACCUCUCUCUUUCUCUCUUUCUCUCUCUUUCUCUUUAUCUUUGCUUUCAUGCAUGGAUUUCUCCUCCCAACAUAGUCACAAAUAAAAGAAACAAUCACUCACUACCUGCCUAACCUAAGCUUAACUUAGCUUCCCCUUUUUAUUUUUCUUCCAUGCUUUGUUCAUAUCCAUCAUUAGCAAUAAAAGUAGCACCUCCCCAAAACUUCUAACAUUAUUUUUCUUUCUUUGCUUUUUUCUUUUUUUCCCUUCCUUCCCUUAAAACUUUCAACUGCCCAACAGAAGCUAGUGGUGAGAGAAAAAAGCUAUUUGGAACUUACAUUAACCAAGCUUUCCCUUUUUCCACCUUUUGUGCAUCAGAUCCUCUUCUUUCUCUCCAUCACUAGAAUUCAUCAAAUCUGAGAGAUGGGUUUUCUGUCCUCUGCUCUUAUGGAGUUUACUACUUUACUCACUAAAUUUGAGCUCUCUACUUUAAUUUUCUGAUCUGGGUUGUCUUGUUUUUUCUUCCUCUCCUCUCUCUUUCUUUCUAUCUCUGAGCUUUGGCUUUAGCAUUGUUACAGCUGGCUUUGGCUGGAUUUUGGAUCUCUACUGCUUCUUCGUUGUUGAAUCCUAGUUUUUGUUGAUGGAGGCUGAUCGAGAGUUCAAACACUUCUGCAAGUUGUGCAAUAGGAGCUUCCCUUGUGGGAGAUCUUUGGGAGGUCACAUGAGGUCUCAUUUGAUCAACAGUCAAGCUGAAACUGGGGAAAAUCUGAAGAAGAUGAAUUUGAAAAAAGCUGGAAAGUUUCUGGGAGAUGGGACUUCUGAUGGUUAUAGUCUUAGAAAGAACCCCAGAAAAACUUGCAAGCUUGCUGAAUUCAGAGCUGAGGACAGGUUUUGUAGAGAAUGUGGUAAAAGCUUUCAGUCUUGGAAGGCCCUGUUUGGCCAUAUGAAAUGUCACUCAACAGAAACUGAGAGAGUUUCUAGUAAUUUGGAGUUUGAUAGCCAAUCAGAUAAUGAAACUGCGGGUGCAAAUCGUGGGAAGAGAUCCAGGAAACAAACAAGGUACAUGACUGCUGAAAUUUCAUCUUCUUUUUCAUUUGCUGCUGCUGCUGCUGCUGCUUCUUCAUCUGUUUCUGAUCAGAAUGAUCAAGAACAAGAAGAGGUUGCUUUGUGUUUAAUGAUGCUUUCUAGAGAUGUUGGUGGGUUCUAUUCAACCACCGAGUCUUCCGACAACUUUAUGCCUAAACAAGUUCCAUCUCCAGUCGCAAAAAAUCAUUUCUCCAAAGUUGUUGAAGCUAUUCCUUCUGUAUACAUGGGGCAAUUGAAAGAGUUCCACAGCAGAAAGUUAAAGCUCAGUGAGAUGGAUUCUGGGUGUCUCAAAUUUGAAGAGUCAAAUUCAGAAUUCAGUGCUUCUGCUGUCAAGAUGAACAAGAACGAAGAGAAGUUUCAGCAAGAUGACAUAUUUGGAUCAAGUUCCAACAACCAAACUGACAUUAACCAACUUCAAUUCGAUUCCAGUAAAUUCAAUUCAGAUCAGAGAAAGUUCCAUGAGCUUUCAAAUGGGGAAUUGAGGUCAAAUUCCUUCAGAAGAUCAACACCCAAUGAACUAAACUCAGAAUCAUACAAAAGCAAAGGAAAGAGAAGCAAAUUCCAGUGUAAUUCUUGCAACAAGAUCUUUCACUCAUAUCAAGCACUUGGUGGGCAUAGAGCCAGUCACAAGAAAGCCAAAGGAUGCUUAGCUUCAAAGACAGAAAACAGUGAAAAUAGCAUCGAAACAGAGAUUUCAAACGACCCAACAUUUGAAAGCAAGUCCACAGCCACAGCAUUAGAGGUGGAAAAUCAACAGGAAUCAGAAAUUCACAUGGGUUAUGAGAAAAAGAACAGAAAGCAUCAUCAAUGCUCAAUUUGCUUAAAGAUUUUUAGUUCAGGCCAAGCUUUGGGCGGCCAUAAAAGGUCCCAUUUGAUAAGUGGGUCAGAAUCCAGAAACAAAUUUCCAGAAACCACAUCGAAUCAGAAACCAGAUGCAGAAAUAAGAGACUACCUGGAUCUGAAUCUUCCAGCCCCAAUCGAUGAAGAGGGCAGCAGCCAUUUGGGGUCUAUGGAGCCAUGGUGGGUCGGUGGAAGCCAUUCCCACGAGCAAGCAUUAGUGGGUUUGAUUUGAGUGCUUGGUUUGCUUGCUGAUUCGGGCAUUGUACAGUAUAGCCUUUACCCUUUUUCGCUAUGAUUCAUUGAUUCUUUAAACAGAUUUGGAAAUCCAAGUUAUAAUUUUUCUGAAUCAA